AUGUUCUCUGCCCAUCCGGACCUGCAUGAGGUCGACACCAUCCUCUCACACCAUGACACCCCGGUUGGCUGUGAAUAUCUCAUUCACUGGCGCAACACAUCUGCAUCUGAAGACACAUGGGAGCCGUUCUCCAACCUCAGCCAUGCUCCUCGUGCCAUUGGAGUCUAUCUUGCCUCAUUGGCACCGAGGACGGUGCCUUCAGGGAGGGGAGGUAAUGUAGCAAGUGGGGUCUGCUCUGGAGGCAGCGUGAAGCGCACGGGAGGUGAAAGCAUGCAGCAGCAGCGUGCAGCUGCGAACGUGGGCAGCAAGGGGGCGGAAGUGAGCAGGACGUGGGGGACCCACGUGAGAAGGGCGAAACUGAGGUUUCGUGCCUUGACUGACUUGGGAAGACUUCCGCAAGGGAGAGGGAGGAGAAAAGGGGGGGAGGGGGGGGGCUGGGUAGGGGCUGUGCAUGGGGCUGCAGAUGCGCGUGCAGAGGGCAGCAGGGCGCACGGGGCGCACAAGACAGCAGGGCGUGCGUGGCGUGCAGGGCUGCAGGGCGCGCGGGGCGCGCAGGACAGCAGGAAGGGCUGGCAGCAGGGCAGCAGAGGCGCACAGGGCUGCAGGGCAGCAGGGCGCACAGGGCUGCAGGGCAGCAGGGCGCGCGGGGCGCGCAGGGCUGCAGGGCGCGCUGGGCAGCAGGACAGCAGGGCGCGCGGGGCGCGCAGGGCUGCAGGGCGCGCGGGCCGCACAGGGCAGCAGGGCAGCAGGGCGCGCAGGGCGCAGCAGGGCUGCAGGGCGCGCGGGGCGCACAGGGCAGCAGGGCGCACAGGGCUGCAGGGCAGCAGGGCGCGCGGGGCGCGCAGGGCUGCAGGGCAGCAGGGCGUACAGGGCUGCAGGGCGCGCAGGGCAGCAGGACAGCAGGGCGCGUGGGGCGCAGUAAGGCUGCAGGGCGCGCGGGGCGCACAGGGCAGCAGGGCAGCAGGGCGCGCGGGGCGCAGCAGGGCUGCAGGGCGCGCGGGGCGCACAGGGCAGCAGGGCGCACAGGGCUGCAGGGCAGCAGGGCGCACAGGGCUGCAGGGCAGCAGGGCGCGCAGGGCUGCAGGGCAGCGGGGCGCGCAGGGCUGCAGGGCAGCAGGGCGUACAGGGCUGCAGGGCGCGCAGGGCGCGCAGGGCAGCAGGACAGCAGGGCGCGUGGGGCGCAGUAGGGCUGCAGGGCGCGCGGGGCGCACAGGGCAGCAGGGCGCGCGGGGCGCAGCAGGGCUGCAGGGCGCGCGGGGUGCACAGGGCAGCAGGGCGCAAAGGGCUGCAGGGCAGCAGGGCGCACAGGGCUGCAGGGCAGCAGGGUGCGCAGGGCUGCAGGGCAGCAGGGCGCACAGGGCUGCAGGGCAGCAGGGCGCGCGGGGCGUGCAUGGCUGCAGGGCAGCAGGGCGCACAGGACUGCAGAUCCCCUCCCCCCCACCGCUGCACCCGCAGCAGGGGGAUGGAGGAGAAAUGGGGAGGGCUGGGGGGGGGCUGCAGGGGGAUGAAGGAGAAAGGGGGGGGGCGGAGGGAGAUGGUGCUGCAGAUCCCCUCCCCCCACUGCUGCACCCGCAGCAGGGGGAUGGAGGAGAAUGGGAGGGGGGGGGGGGGGGGGGGGCUGGUGCUGCCGAUCCCCUCCCGCCCACUGCUGCACCCGCAGCAGAGGGAUGGAGGAGAAGGGGGGGGGGGGGGGGGGGGGCGGGGGGGGCUGGUGCUGCAGAUCCCUUCCUGCCACCCCUGUAG